GCAAAUCAAAGCCCGAUUGGGAUUGAAAUUCACCGGUUUGUAGUGAUUGUCGCCAUCUUGGCAAUAUCAGACGGCAUCAUCUUCUUUGUCGUCUGCAUGGGGCUUAAGAUUAACUUUCAAACUUCAUUCAUUAACAUGAUUGGCAUUGUUGUCGGCAAUAUUCCCGAGGGAUUGCUGCCGGCGCUGACGUUGGCUUUGACCUUGACAGCAAAAAUUAUGGCCAAGAAGAACUGCAUGAUCAAGUACCUGGAGGCGGUGGAGACGCUGGGCUCCACUUCGACGAUCUGCAGCGACAAGACGGGCACACUGACGGAGAAUCGAAUGACCGUGGAGCACGUCUACCUGGCGGCCAAAAUCUUCAGAGUGUCACAUGACGCGGAAGAAGUGAAGGAAGACAUGAAGGCGGUGGUUCCCAGCUGGAACGCAUAUCAAAGGUGUGCCAAACUGUGCUCACGUGCCGUCUUCACCGACACCUCCAAUCCGGACAUUCUGAAGCGAGACUGUAGUGGUGACGCCUCUGAGACGGCCAUUCUUCGCUUCAUGGAGUCAGUGUCGCCGGUGGUGACCGAGUACCGAGAGCAGUACCGCAAACUGGCGGAAAAGCCCUUCAGUUCAGUGUACAAGUACCAGUACUCGGUGCACUUCAACGCUGACAAGGCGACGGAAAGUGAUGCAAACUUUAUUGUCGUCAUGAAGGGCGCUCCUGAGCGAGUCGUGCAAGUUUGCAGUACCAUACUUGAUGGCAAUGGAAACACUGUUCCGUUUACUGAAAAAGAGAUGAAAGAAUUUGAGGAGGCCUAUCGUGAACUGGGCUCAAUGGGUGAACGAGUGCUCGCCUUCUGUGACAUGGAACUGCACGGUUUUGCUCCUGAUCACAAGUUUGACCUUGACAAUGGGUCUGACUUUGCAAUUGAGGGACUUCGUUUUCUGGGCCUCGUUGCUUUGAUUGACCCACCACGCGCGUCAGUGCCUGGUGCCAUUGAGCGCUGUAAGGUGGCUGGGAUUCAAGUAAUCAUGGUCACUGGAGACCAUCCAAUCACUGCUCAGGCAAUCGCCAAGUCAAUCGGCAUCAUCUCAGCCUCUCACCGACGAUCGACGCAAAUUUCACUGCCGAAAAUCAGCCGAAAGGUCAGCAGGGCGAUCAACUCUGCCUCGAUUGUCGUUCCCGGUGACGAGUUGGCUACACUGACCGACGAACAGGUGAGGGACAUUCUGCGCGACUUUAAUGAGAUCGUCUUUGCGCGCACCUCACCGCAGCAGAAGCUGCGCAUUGUGGAGAACUGUCAGCUGCUGGAUCGAAUCGUGGCCGUCACCGGCGACGGCGUCAACGACUCACCGGCGCUGAAGAAGGCAGACAUUGGCAUUGGCAUGGGCAUCACCGGCUCGGAUGUGUCGAAGCAGGCGGCGGACAUGAUCUUAAUGGACGACAACUUUUCGUCAAUUGUCGUUGGAGUUGAGGAAGGUCGCAAGAUUUUUGAUAAUCUCAAAAAGACUAUCUCCUAUAUCAUGGCCGGUAACAGCUCAACACUUUACCCAUUUAUUGUAUUUCUAACUUUAGGUAUUCAAUUUUUGUCAACUCUAUUUUCUGCAGUGUGCAUUGCUAUUGGAACAGAUUUGGUGCCCGCUGUUUCUCUGGCCUACGAGCCGGCAGAGUCGGACAUUAUGAAGUUGCCGCCUCGAAAUCCAAAGAAAGACUUUCUCGUCACUCGGAAUGUGCUCUUGUGGUCAUUCUUACAGGCAGGAAUCAUCAUUGGCCUAUCAGGGUAUCUCGGUUAUUUUGUAACGAUGGCUCAGUGGGGGUGGAUGCCACAACAGCUGUGGCAAUUGAGAGCAGGUUGGGAUCGUGACAUUGAAAUGACCGACUGGUACGGUCAAGAAUGGACACUGCCUCAAAGGCAAGAAGUUUUGGCCAAAGGUCAAACUGCUUACUUCAUGUCAGUGGUGGUCGCCCAAUGGAUGGAUGUGUGCGUCAACAAAACUAGACGCACUUCACUGUUCACACAUGGAUUUGGGUGA